GUCUCCCUUGAAUCGACAAUAGAACGACGUCCCCAAUUCAUCAAGUGCCUCUUCUCUUCGACUUUUGUUACCAGACAGAGCUGCUUUCCUAGAGCGCACGCGCGACGAUCCCCUCUUUGGCGAGACUCGAAAUCCACGCAUUUGCGACAACUCCCGUCUUCCUUGAUAUUGGCUCUUGGGUCGUUUAACAAUAUCAGUCCCUCAAUAUAUAGCCAUGGAACUUUCCGACAUCUUCCGCAUUGUUAACCUGGCCGUGGCCGGUAUCACGGUUUUGGGAGGUGUUUUCCACAUCUUUCCCGUUGGCUUCCAGAACCUAAUCCUCGGCAUCUACAUGAUUGUCUUUGGCCUUGCUAUUGCCCUGCUAGAAUUCCAAAUCCCCCCUCAGGUCUCGAGAUAUGCCAACUUCCUCUUUUCCUUCAUCGGCCGUGGUAUCUUCUACAUCCUCAUUGGAGGCCUUCUCCUCGGCAGCCAUGCUAUUAGUAAGAUUGCAGGUGGUGCUGUUGGCAUUAUUGGCAUCAGCUACGUCGCCCUCGAGUUCAUCCCCUCGAUCGAACCCCCGAGCAACAUGCGAGAGGCCGAGGUCGGCUGGGGCGCCGAGCAGGUCUAAGCAGACAAUUGCCAGCUUGAACGGGGUCAGACGGUAUACAGCUCUAUUGGGAUAGCGUUCUUCUUUCCUCGCGGCGUAGGAACACGAGGUCCAGAUGAAAUUGCAAGGUUGGCAUUACGGUGGAAAUCUCGCAAUGGGCGGGGAACGGAGAGUUACACGGGAGUCAUGUGUAUUAUGAGGGUUAUUGCGUUCGGCUGGAAACGGUGGA